GAAUGAUCCACCAUUGAGGAAGAUCGAGUAGAAAACUAAACGAAGAGGCGAAUCAAAAGAAGAAAGAGGAAGAAGAAGGAGAAGGGAAGCAAAUAGCAAUGGGGGUCGAUUAUUACAAGGUUCUUCAGGUGGAUCGGAACGCAAAAGACGAUGACUUGAAGAAAGCUUAUCGGAAACUGGCCAUGAAGUGGCAUCCAGACAAGAACCCUAACAAUAAAAAGGACGCCGAAGCUAAAUUCAAGCAGAUCUCUGAAGCUUACGAUGUUUUGAGCGAUCCUCAAAAGCGAGCUAUCUAUGAUCAAUACGGUGAAGAAGGUCUAACGAGCCAGGUUCCGCCUCCCGGAGCCGGCGGGUUUUCCGGUGCUUCGGAUGGAGGGGCUUCGUUCCGGUUUAACGGUAGAAGUGCUGACGACAUCUUCUCGGAGUUCUUUGGCUUCACGAGACCCUUUGGUGACUCACGUGGUGCAGGUCCCUCUAAUGGGUUCCGCUUUGCCGAAGACGUUUUCGCCUCCAAUGUUCCUCCGAGGAAAGCUGCCCCUAUUGAGAGACAACUUCCUUGUAGUUUGGAGGAUCUUUACAAAGGAAUCACUAAGAAGAUGAAGAUCUCUAGAGACGUCCUCGAUUCAAGCGGGAGACCCACAACGGUUGAGGAGAUCUUGACAAUAGAAAUCAAGCCAGGGUGGAAGAAAGGGACGAAGAUAACCUUCCCGGAGAAAGGGAACGAGCAGCGAGGAAUUAUCCCGUCAGAUCUUGUAUUUAUAGUUGAUGAGAAGCCACAUGCUGUUUACAAGCGAGACGGGAAUGACCUUGUGAUCACACAGAAGAUCCCUCUCGUGGAAGCCCUUACGGGUUACACCGCUCAGGUCACUACUUUGGACGGAAGAACAGUAACAGUUCCGAUCAACAGUGUGAUCAGUCCUUCUCAUGAAGAGGUGGUGAAAGGCGAAGGCAUGCCAAUCCCUAAAGACCCAUCGAAAAAAGGGAACUUGAGAAUCAAAUUCAGCAUUAAGUUCCCGUCGAGACUAACAACAGAGCAGAAAUCUGGAAUCAAACGAAUGUUUUCGUCUACUUAGUCUCGCUCUUACUGCUACGUUUGAUUUUGGUUAUAUCAGUUGGCGAUUUGGGUGGUCGUUGUGCAAUGCUUAGGAUUGUGGCUGUGUGGGUGUUUGUUGGGAGAUGGUUGGGUCAUGAAAUGAUGCCGCAUUGAGGUUUCUCAACAUCCUUCAAAGCUUUUGGUUUGGGGUUUUACAUUUUAGUAUAAUUUUUUUGUUUAUCUCUUUUUAAAUUAUUAUUAGAUUGAAGAAAAAACAACUACAUAAAGACUAUUUACUUCUUUAGAGUUUGUUAAGAGCUUCCUAAUA